GAGGAGCUGUGUGUGCGCGCUGCUUUCUGACGGAUGCAGGGGAUCCGCGCGCUCCUCGGUCUGGGCCUGCUGGUGGGCGCGAGGGCGAGCAACUCGUACCCGCGCUCGGUGGGAGUCUGGGGCGCACAGUGCAGAGAGUACCGCCGUCCCGGGGUAGAGAUGGAGGGCGGGAUCAGAUACCUCAGUCAGGCGGAAGCGCAGGCUGUGGAUGAGGAGCUGUUUAAUGAAUAUAAAUUCAGCGUAGAUCAGUUGAUGGAACUGGCUGGACUGAGCUGUGCUACUGCAGUUGCUAAGGCCUAUCCAGUGAGUUCGUUCACCUUCAACUUGCCUACUGUGCUGAUUGUAUGUGGUCCAGGGAACAACGGAGGGGAUGGCCUAGUGUGUGCGAGACACCUGAAGCUGUUUGGAUACGAGCCAGCCAUAUAUUACCCUAAGCAACCUAACAAGACACUGUUUGAGAAUUUAACCACUCAGUGCAAAAAAAUGGACAUCCCUUUUCUGUCGGAGUUUCCACAGGCCGAGGUCAUCGAUGGAGCCUAUAACUUGGUUAUUGAUGCUAUUUUUGGCUUUAGCUUCAAGGGAGCCGUGCGAGAGCCUUUUGGGGGCAUUCUGAACACUUUAAAACGUAUCACCAUACCUAUCGCUAGUUUGGACAUCCCAUCAGGCUGGGAUGUGGAGAAAGGAAAUCCAGAAGGCAUCCAGCCAGACAUGCUCAUCUCUCUCACUGCCCCCAAACAGUCAGCCGCCCACUUCUCCGGGCGCUACCAUUACCUGGGCGGCCGAUUCAUCCCCAUGGCACUACAGAAGAAAUAUAACCUCAAACUGGCCCCAUAUCCUGAUACCGAUUGUGUCCGCAAACUGCCUUGAGAAACUCGCGUCCCGUGUGGCAACCACAGCACUUACCGAGAGAUGGCUGAGCUUAGUAGGAACAAACGCGAUGGAUGUUACUCGUUUCUCUCCCAGAUCUGCUGCUAAGUCGGCUAUUUUUUCCUUUUGUCUGUUUCUCAGUAAACUAUUUCUGUAA